UGCAGUAAGAAAGUCCUCACUACGGAUUCCUCUGGUCGAUUCAUCGUUGGAAAAGAUUCCAUACCUAUGCAGCUUUGGCAGCACGUCGAUCCUAAUGGUAAAUUGCACUACUCAUUGGUACCUGCGUCAGAUGGUGGCAAAAAAUUUCAAGAAAAUUCCAAAACCACCGUGACAUCCGUGAAAAUGGAAAACAUGGAGCAACAGAAUAACGCGAGCCAUUACGCUGACACUUUGAUGCAUUUAUGCGAAGUAGCCAUCGACUUUUGCACUUGUGAUAAAUGUGGCAUGAAGUUUCCCAUGCGGAGCAUGCUGAGUAGGCACAAGAUGUCUCAUAAUUUCAAUUCUUGGCUACGUAGAAAACGAUUGAACGCUGGACAUCGAUUGAAGGUAACUCCAGGAAAACAGGGUAAGCAGGCGCAAUCGCAGAGACCAUUGCAGAAACGGAAAUACGAUUGUACAUCCUGUGAUUUUAACUGUAGUAAAAAGUCCACGUUGACUGUUCAUAUUAGGAAGAAACACAGAUUGUCGGCAGUUAAGGAAGAUUCGAGAAGAAUUUUCUGUAUAAUUUGUAAUCGGAAAUAUGACAGCCAACCCAGCCUGAACAAACAUAUAGAGAGUCAUAGAGAUAGGAAGACAAAUUAUUUUACGUGCAAUAGUUGUAGCUUUGCGUGUAAGAGAAGCAGCACUCUAGUUUCUCACGUAGUGCGAAAUCAUCAGAAGAGUAAUAUCGAAGAAACCUAUUCAAAGAAGAGGUGCAAGGUGAGCAAAUACAAUAACGAACCUUUAGAAAAGGAGAAAUCGCAGGAGACCUGUUUGCAGGAUCAAGACAAAGACAGCUCGAUCGUUUCGAGUACACUGUCCGAAUUUGAAUGCAAAAGCGAAUCUUCAGUGACUACUCGCGCGAAUAAGAAACAGGGCAAGAAGCCUGUAGAAGAACAGUGCAACCUAUGCGACUUUAAAUGUUCAAAGAAGAGCACCCUUUACUCGCACAAGCGGCAGCACAAGAUCAUGGACAUCAGUGAAGUAUAUUCGUGUAACGAGUGCACAUUUAAGACCAACAAAAAAUCAUCUCUGUACUCGCAUAUAAAAAGGAAACAUAAAAUACCAAAAUCUUGUACACCCGAUGGCCAGCCACAAUUGUUUUACUGUAAUCAGUGCGACUACAAGAACAAGAACAAAUAUGAGCUGAAAGUGCACGUGGCCAGGAAACAUACGGAUGAUUUUAAGUUCUCUUGUGAGACAUGCGGCAAGAAAUUUAAAGUAAAAGGGGACUUGACUAAUCACAUACGCUUCAGCCAUAAAGAACAACCAGUUAUCUGUGAUGUUUGUGGAAAGACAUGUCUAAAUAGUAACUCUCUGUACGUGCACCAGAAAUUUGCACAUUAUAAAGCUAAAUAUGAAUGCCAGGUAUGUAAGAGGCGAAUGGUGACUCAGGAAAACUUGAACGAGCACAUGAUCAGACAGCAUGAAAAGAGGGAAAACGUGGUUUGCGAGGAGUGUGGCAAGACUUUCUCGAGAAAUAGUAGAUUGAAAGUCCACAUGAGAAUCCAUACCGGUGAUAAACCGUACACUUGUACCAUAUGCAACAAAUCAUUCGCUCGUAGAACAGCGUUAAAGCAGCAUUUGUUAAUUCAUACUGGCAUCAGGCCAUACGUCUGCGAUAUUUGUGGUAAGGCGUUCACGCAGAAGCCUGGAUUGAUCAGUCACAGGAAAUCUCAUCCUGGAUCGCAUCCUCCGCUUCCAAGAGUGCUGAUCGACCAUAUACUGAACAACGUGAUGAAUAAUUGA